CUUUUUGCGUCCCCUGAUUGGUGGCGCGCCUUUUUGACAGUAUUCGUAAUGACUUGUCAUUCGAUUGUAAAUAUUAUUAUUUUUUAAUAGUUUUUUGCUUAAUCUAAGAUGUUUGGGGAAGGUUAGGGGUCCACUUGCUCUACAAAUUAGUUGUAACAAUGGAAGUUAGCAGUCAACACUUGCUAAGUAACGAAUACACGGAAGUUUACCGCCGCCUGCCCUUAAAACUGCAACUUGCCUACGGUGUGGGGCACGUUUUGAACGAUGUGUGCGCGUCGAUGUGGUUCACCUAUUUACUCGUGUUUUUCCACCUGGUUUUGCAGUUUAAUAACUGGCAGGCGGGUUUUAUGCUCCUCGUUGGCCAGGUCGCAGACGCUGUCUCCACCCCCUUUGUGGGGUUCCACUCCGACCAGUCCGACAAUUUCUGGCUGUGCCGAUACGGAAGACGGAAAACGUGGCAUUUGAUCGGCACUGUGUGCGUCUUAGUCACCUUUCCCUUCAUUUUUUCGCCCUGUAUAGGCUGCUCUGGGAGCCACCAAUGGGCCCAAAUUUUUUACUACUGCGUUUUCAUCUCGAUUUUUCAGUUCGGGUGGGCCUCCGUGCAAAUUUCGCAUCUCUCGCUCAUACCCGAACUAACGCCAAAUGAGCACGAUCGCACCAAACUCACCGCGAUUAGAUAUUGCUUUACCGUCGUUUCGAAUCUUUUAGUAUAUGUGAUAACGUGGGGCAUUUUGCACAUAAGUAGCGGCGAGGAGUCGAAAAUCGGGCCUGGGGAUGCCCCCAAGUUCCAGCACGUGGUGUGGACGGGCCUCAGUCUGGGUAUUUUGUGUUCGGUGAUAUUUCAUGUUUUUGUGAAAGAGGAGGGCGCCCUUGGAAGCAGUGAUGUCCGAGGGACGUCGCUACGAACCCCAAUUGCGGAUAUUUUACGCUCAGUUGAAGUGUAUCAAGUCGCAGUUGUGUACAUGUCAACUCGACUUUUCGUCAAUUUGAGCCAAGUUUUUAUCCCUUUGUACCUCCACGAGACGCUGGAUAUGGCAGCGAGCGCUUUGGCUCUAAUCCCCUUAAUUAUGUUUAUCGGAAGUUUCGUAACUUCGAUGACAAUUGAGAAAUUGAAUCGCUGUUUUGGUCGGAGGUUGUCGUACAUUUUGGGGGUUUUGAUGGGGCUUGCGGCUUGUAUUUGGAUCAAGUGGGGUUCUGGUGAUCAAUUUAAGUCGUCUCAGAUUCACAUAAUCGCUGUUUUGAUUGGGGCCGGUGGUUCCAUAACUCUAGUUACUAGUCUAGGCAUAACCGCGGAUCUUAUUGGUGAUAAGACAAGUAGUGGUGCUUUCGUAUACGGAAUCAUGAGCUUCACUGAUAAGCUCGCCAACGGGAUCGCCGUCGUGAUCAUCCAAGAUUUGCACAAGGAUCCGUCAAAUACUGGAUAUUACCGAGACGUGCUGACAUACGUGUGUGGAGGGUCGGCGCUUCUUGGAGCUUUGGCUGUGAUAUCUUUCCUUAAGAAAGUGAGAGGAGCACUUUCCAGACCCUUUAGGAUAUGAAAACGUCCCUAAUUACAACAGUAUUAACUCGGACGUACUCCCGGUCGCCACGGAAGAUAUACAACCGUCUCUUAUUUCAUAGUGCAAUUUUUAUUUAUUAACAGAGUGGAUAUAUUUUUAUAAAACUGUAUCGUAUUACUAGUUGUUAUUAAUUAAUAAAAAAUAUGAAGUUA